AUGGAAGAGCUACAGCUGCGCCAACGCAAAGAGGCCAAGGACCUCCAAUCAAAAAUUACACAGAAGAAAAAGGGCGCCACCAAGAAGACACGCAAAGGUGUCAAUGAUGAAUGCGACAACCUCGAGCGAGAGAUGAAGGCUCGUCACCAGGAAGAGCUUCAAUCAAUGACUGCACCUACCGUCGACCAAGGCCUGGACGAAGAUGCCGAGAAAGAGGAGGGGCAAGAGCAGGACGAAUUGGCCAACCGUGUUGAUGGUCUAGACAUCGGCGGCGCAGAAAAGGGCAAAUCGACGUCGACUGCUCCCUCAGAUCCACCUGCCGCUCCAGCACCAAAGAAACAGAACCGCGCAAAGGCCCGCCUUGCCCGCCGCGCUGCCGAACAAGAGGCCCUCAUCGCAUCCGCUGCAGAAGAAGCCCAAGACAUCCCCAAUCUCAAGGCCGUCGAGCGCGACUCGAUGCUCAAGCAGUUCACCACUCGCAAGCUAUCCGAGAAGGAGAUACGUGCAGAUGGUCACUGUCUAUACUCUGCUGUUGCCGACCAGCUAGAACAACUAGGCAUGCCCUUGGGUACUGCUCCUUCAUCCACUCCCCAUGUCGCAACCACAUUAGAGCCAUACAAGAUCGUGCGACAAGCCGCCGCCGAGUACAUCGAAGCACACCCGAACGACUUCGCUUCUUUCUUGGACGAGCCUCUGGAUUACUACAUUUACAAGAUCAAGAACACUGCAGAAUGGGGUGGUCAGCUUGAACUGAUGGCUGUGGCUAAGAAAUACGGCGUUGCUAUCAGCGUUCUGCAGGGUGAUGGCCGAGUCGAAGAGAUCAACCCUGAAGGCGAUACUGAGGACAAACAGUUGUGGCUAGCAUACUACAGACACGGCUUCGGCUUGGGCGAGCAUUACAAUUCCUUGCGCAAAGCUGGUUGA